AUGCCCUCUUUCCGAACCAGUAACUGUUUAUUUCAGGUUGUUGAUAAUCUGAUAACAAAAGUGUGUGCGUCGGAUACUGCAAGCAUCUGGCGCCGCCGCCAAAUGCAGCGUUUUAUUGAAAAACGGGAGGAGGAGAAGAGACACCUCGAAAUGCAGCAAAGGUAUGUAGUUUCUGAUCAGAACCAGAGAAGUGAGGUUGUUGAUAAUCUGAUAACAAAAGUGUGCGCGUCGGAUACUGCGAGCAUCUGGCGCCGCCGCCAAAUGCAGCGUUUUGUUGAGAAACGGGAGGAGGAGAAGAGACAUCUCGAAAUGCAGCAAAGAACAGUGAGGAACCAGCGGCUGGCAGUACGGCAGCUGGAAGCUCAGUUGGGUGAGCGCAUUGAACGAUUCACGAGAGAAGUCACUAAGAGGCGAAUUAAAUUAGAAGAUAAAGCUAAGGCGGAGGCCGGGAUGGCCGCGCCAUUGCACACCCCUGGCACCGUGCUUGGUAAGGGUGGAGUCAGUGCCCGCACUGUGUCUGCUCCCGGGAAGAGGCCUUCUCCUGCUGAAUUCUGUGCACUGCAUGGAGUAGGAGCGCUUAGUAGAUGCUUACUUUACGAGCUGAAAUUCAAUAAGAAAAAACUUGUAUUUGCAGCUCCAGCAACAGUGCCUGCUGCAGCAGCUGCUCAUUCGCACUCAGUGAAAGCAUCAAGCAUCAGUCUGCCAGCUGCUCACGAUGCUCGCCGCUCAGACUGGACAGCGAAUCUGUCUACUAAUACACCACCUUCAGUGCAGCGUGCAUCAGUUCAGCCGUCCUCAGUAGCGUCUGGGCUUCAGAUGCAAGACACUUCACAGCAGCGACGUCGCAGUGAAAGAAGCAGGAAAACGAAAACUUGGGACGAGAGUUUCAUCACGCCAAAAAGGAGAAGCUCGACAUCACGAACGUCCAGUGGUAGCGAAACACCUUCAACAACCAAACAGAGUACGAAAGCUGGAACGAAGCCUUGUUCAGCUGCUCAUGGUGUUGAACCGUCUACUUCUGCAGAACCAGAAACUGCCGAUUCGGGAUCGAUUCCAACUAUUGACCCAACGAAAACGCACUGCAAGUGUAAUCAGCCGUAUAAUCCGAAAAAGUUUUAUAUUGCUUGCGAUGUGUGCAGAAAGUGGUUCCACGGUCGGUGCGUUCGCAUCUCGGAGAAAAAAGCAAAAGAGAUGACAGAUUGGGUGUACUACUUGAAAGUGUUUGGGCCAAACAUAUCAUUGCAAAUAUGCAAAUUUUUCCAGCAGCUGUACUGUGUUUGUCAGACUCCAUACGACUGCAAUCGUUUCUAUGUCGGGUGUGAUAGUUGCGACGGGUGGUUCCAUCCGGAAUGUGUUGGAACAACGCAGGAGUAUGCUUUGAAAUUUUUAAUCACUUACUUUGUACGAACAACUGUAUUUCCGGAAGCGCUUGAUCGCACUUCGAAAAUUGAUGUGCAUUGGAAACUCCAAGAAUACCCAGAAGCAGAAAAAGUAGCCGAGUACGUUUGUCCACAGUGUAUUCGGAGCAAACAAGGAGAGGACGAGUUGAUACUUAGUCGUGCUGAUUUUGCGCUGCUUUGGCAGGUGCUUGAUAAUUUGAAGGAACAUCGCACCAGCUGGCCAUUUCGAGAACCUGUUGACGCCGAGGAGCAUCCUGAUUAUUACAAGAUAAUCAAAAAACCGAUGGGUUCGUUUUUGACUUAA